UGUACACGGGUCGUUUUGCAAUCCUCGCCAGUCUGAAGAGACGCUGUCAAACGCAGGCGCUCGUUGAGGGGGCGGGGCUUAGACCACGAGAGGCUCAGCCUAUCAGAAGCGCGGGAGGGACCGUUUGAGUUCAAAACUGAAGCGGCGCCUUCAGGAAAACACCGAGGAGACCCUGCGUGACUUAUUUGGGCUUUCGUUUCGGAUUCGGACCGGAAUUAACAUUUAACCGCAAUGUCUUCCGCGAAAAAGCAGAUUUACUAUUCCGACAAGUAUUCAGACGAGGAAUACGAGUACAGACAUGUUAUGCUUCCCAAGCAGCUUUCCAAACUGGUGCCGUCCUCCCAUUUGAUGUCAGAGGAGGAAUGGAGAGGACUGGGAGUCCAGCAAAGUCAGGGCUGGAUCCAUUACAUGAUCCAUAAACCAGAGCCUCACAUACUGCUUUUCCGAAGACCGCUUCCCAAGGAAUGAGAUCUCAAGAUUGUCAUCGGAAGUUAAACUACUUGGCCGACCCUGGCCAUGCGUACAUUUCUUUCCAUACGUUGCGAUUUGUAUAUAAGUUUUAUUAUUUGCAGAUCUGUGGCAAUGAAAUGUUACUCCUUCCCAUCCCCCUUUCAUUCGGAGAUCCGAUGGCAGCAGGAGCCCAGAGGGGACCGGGCUUGCCUCCUACAAAGCGUUUCCUUUAGAUCUACACUCAAGUCACGCAAAAUAAGUUGCACGGUGUUUCAGAUCUAGCAAAAAUCGCCCUUGUCGUGAAUAGAAGGAAUAGUUUUUGUUGUACACUACGAUGAUUUUUUUGUUGUUGCCCGAACUGCUUUUGUUAACAUCUCCAACUUGUACGUUGAGCAGUCAAUGCUUGUUUGUUACUCAUUUGUUGUUGACAAAUCAAUAAAUAUUAUUUUUAUUAGCCGAUUUGCAUCCUAA